UAUAUGAAUGACAGUACGACACACUAUCUAUCUGCAAACACCACUGUCAAACAAAGUAUCCUCUGCUGCAAAGAUUUGUGCCAAAAUAAAAAAUCUACUCCUAUUUAUUAGUGCCUACCAAAUUUGGGAGUCUUAAACUUACUCACAAAUGGCUCUUCAGGCUGCUGCUCUUCUCCCCUCAGCCUUCUCGCUUCACAAAGAGGGAAAAUCGAGUGUAUCUUUGAGGGAUUCCACCCUUUUCGGAGUUUCACUUGCAGACCAAAUCAAACCUGACCAUGUCAAGAGAGACUUUACCUCGAGGAAGCUGUCGAUUGUCCGAGUUCAGGCAGUGGCCACCACUCCGGCGGUUACUCCGGCCACUCCCCAGAGCAAGAAAACUCUGAGGAAAGGCAAUGUGAUUGUCACCGGAGCCUCCUCCGGCCUUGGCCUGGCUGCUGCAAAAGCUUUGGCUGAAAGUGGCAAAUGGCACGUGAUCAUGGCGUGCAGGGACUUCCUCAAGACUGAGAAGGCAGCAAAAUCAGCUGGAAUGGCGAAGGAAAACUACACCAUUAUGCAUCUAGACCUUGCUUCUCUCGACAGUGUCCGCCAAUUCGUCGAUAACUUCAAGCGCUCCGGCCGGCCUCUCGAUGUCCUGGUUUGCAAUGCUGCAGUUUACCAGCCAACUGCCAAAGAGCCCUCGUUCACCGCCGAUGGGUUCGAGCUCAGCGUCGGGACCAACCAUUUGGGCCACUUCCUACUUUCAAGAUUGCUCCUUGACGAGAUGAAAGAGUCUGAUUAUCCUUCCAAGAGACUUAUCAUCGUCGGCUCGAUUACAGGGAAUACAAAUACAUUGGCUGGAAAUGUACCUCCAAAGGCCAAUCUUGGGGACUUGAGGGGUCUCCAGGGGGGGCUGAAUGGGCUGAAUACCUCAGCCAUGAUCGACGGAGGAAGCUUCGACGGCGCCAAGGCGUACAAGGAUAGCAAAGUCUGCAACAUGCUGACAAUGCAGGAAUUUCAUCGACGGUAUCAUGAGGAUACUGGAAUUACAUUUGCUUCCCUUUAUCCAGGUUGCAUUGCGACGACAGGAUUGUUUCGAGAGCACAUUCCCUUGUUCAGGAUCCUUUUCCCUCCAUUUCAGAAGUACAUCACUAAGGGCUUUGUGUCCGAGGAAGACGCCGGGAAAAGGCUUGCACAGGUUGUGGGCGAUCCAAGCUUGACGAAGUCGGGUGUGUACUGGAGCUGGAACAAGGACUCGGCUUCUUUCGAGAACCAGCUAUCGCAAGAAGCUAGUGAUGCUGAUAAAGCUCGGAAAGUGUGGGAAAUCAGCGAGAAACUUGUUGGCUUGAGUGAGUGAAGCUCUUGCUUUACCGGAAAGAGAUUUUGGAUCGAGGAGCUACUCUGUAGAAACUAACGAGAACUUCAAAAACUCUAAAAAGAAAACAAAGAUGUUGUGACAUUUUCUUGAGAACCAUAAUAAUAUCGCUCAAUCCCCCUUGUACGUUGACGCAGGCUAAGCUAUUUCGAUGUUCACUUGUAUUUUAAACAUAUUUUUCUCA